AUGCCCAAGUGUGAUGAUACCAGGAAUGCGGACACCAGUGGGAUUGCAGAGCCUUCAGUAUCCGGUCCAGAAGUUUAUAUGGGUGCCACUUUGUUCCCCAGAACCACGGAAUGCGACGGUGAUAGCGGUGAAGCCUAUUUUGGUUCUGAUGCUCCUGCCGGAGACAAACCCAUGACAGAGUCAGAGAAGGCCACGAUGGACACUAUGACCGGUGCCCAUCCAGAAGUACGAGGUCUCUCCCGGGAAAAGAUGGUUGUGAAGAACAUGGCUGAGUGCUUCGAUUUCUUUGAGCGUGCCGUGGAAGAGGUCACGGACCCCGACUCAAUCCAGGACGUGAUCACUUCAGGAGAACUUGCAAGCCGAUUGGAGAGCUUUAGUAUCAGUACUGCUUAUUCCGGCAUAGGUGCCCCAGAGACAACCCUCAACAUCAUCCAUCAUUGGGUGCAAGAAAUUCGAGGCCGUGAGACGAGUGGUUCCGGAAGCAAGGCUACAGUGAAAGCGCCUCGCAUGGUCUUCCAAGUUGAAUAUGAUGAAUGUUGCAGAAAAGAAUUGUUGCACUACCCAUCCCUUCACAAAGACAGUCAUCCUUGCUGCUGCUUCGGUGACCUCAACGGAUUCUACAGGCCGGAGUUGCAGGAAGUUGUGAAGCAACUGCAGGAGCAGCCUGAACUAGCUUUGGAGAUUCUAUCCAAAAUGGUUGCAGAUGGCGAAGCAGUGACAACACGGGGGUGGUGCUAUGCACACGGCAAAUACUGCGACAUGACAAUGGCCCUGUUGCAUGUGGCUGGCACAUCUUGUACAGCAUAUGCAGCAUGUGGAAAGCAACAGGGCAUUCGAGAUGCAACGAUCCUUCCAUUCUUGGUUUGGAUCGGUCACCGUUUGGUUCUGCAGGAGCCAAUUCUCCUGCAUGAGAAUUCCAAAAGAUUCCCAUCAUGGUUGCUGCAACGUUUCCUGGGCCACUUAUACCACAUCGAAGAGACUGUGGCCGAAGCUGCGGACUUUGGGCAACCAGCACGACGUGAACGCAAACUCACGCGUUUGGUGCACCGUGGCAAAUGUGGCGUGCCAGUUCCUUUCGAUAACUUCGCAGCCAGGUUCUACCGAAGCUGUGAGAUGACUUUCAGAGAGUAUUACUGGCAACACCUUAUCCCAGAGGCCCAGGCGCUGGGUUUUCGGAUGCGUUAG